GAUGUGAGGGUGUGUGAGGAGGAGUAUAUAAGAGCAAUCUCACCAGCUCACUUCAUCAGUAUCAAGGUCAUCAUUAUGUUUUCAUUUUUUGUGACAGUUCUUGUGGCCAUUCAAGUCAUUGCUACUUCUGCUGGUCAAAGUGUGUCAGAUGAGAGAAAUCAGCAGACAUGUGUGUCUGCUGGUGUUCCUGGCAUACCUGGAUCUCCUGGAGUUAAUGGAUCACCCGGACGAGAUGGAAUGAAAGGAGGAAAAGGAAUAAAGGGAGAGAAAGGAUUAGUUGGAGAUGUCGGCAGUAAAGGUAAUGCUGGGAAGAUAGGUCCACAAGGUCGACAAGGGAUAAAAGGAGAAACAGGAGGGAAAGGAGAAGGUAUGACACUCAACUGGAAACAGUGUGUGUGGAAUAGAAAUGAUGCCAAGGACAGUGGUCUGAUUCAGAACUGUAAUUUUAGGAAACAUGACAGCAAUUCAGCUCUACAUGUUGCAUAUGCAUGAGCUCUCAGGGUAUCCUGCUCCAGUAGUGACUGUUGUUCUCGAUGGUAUUUUACAUUCAACGGUAACGAGUGCAGUGGACCUAUGACUAUUGAGGGAGUUGUGUAUAGUAGACUACAUGAUAAUCUUCACCGUCACAGACAGAUGGAGGGAUACUGUGAGAACAUUCCAGCAGGUCAAGUCACAAUUGGAUUCAACAUUGGAAACUGUAACAAAUGGAGCUCAAAAAAGUUUAAUGGCAAUACAGGAUGGGCAUCAGUAUCUCGCAUUAUGAUUGCAGAAGUUCCUCCAUCACAAAAGUAACUGAAUUAGAGAGGAAUUAGAACUUGUGUUCAGGAUAGUUUGCAGUACAGUACGUGCAGUACGAGGUAGCUGAAGUAGGAGGCUGGAUGGUGCACACCCAUGUCUCUCUUUGUUGUAUGUGAGUGUAUGUAUACUUAAUCCAACGUGUAGCUGCAGCUACAACAA